GUUCAGUACCUCGUUAUCAGCCAGAGGUAAAAGUCAAUUUUUUUAAUACCAAAGAAAUACAACACGAUUUUAAAAUAGACGAAAAAUCGCGAGUGCUUUGUGGGAACCGUUUGUAGGAAAAGGUAUAUCCGAGAUAAUAAUUAAUUAAGCAUCGCGUGAUCGCAUUGUGGAGCGUGCCGAAAAGAGAGCAUUUAUAUAAUUACAACAACAGAAAAUCAUUCAUUUUAAAACAAAUCAAAUUCAAGCUCUGGUUUAACGGUAACUGAGGCUACGUUUGGUAGGAGCUGCGAAAAUGGUAGCGAAGAUGGCAGUAAUCUGCAGCAUUUUGGCUGUGUUCAUUCUGCUGCCCGGCGCUCCAGCCUUCCGCUCGCAGUCGUCCGUGAUACAGCCCCCGGCACAAAGUGACAAAUUCGCGCCCAGUCGCAGCGUCAUGCAUCGUGCGUUCGCCAAUGCCGGCCGAGCGCCUGGUUUGGAGAUUUGGCGCAUUGAGAACUUUGAACCUGUGGCUUACCCCAAAAAUAACUAUGGUAAAUUUUAUACCGGAGACUCAUUUAUUGUACUAAAUACAAUCGAACGCAAAGACAAAAAACUCUCCUGGGAUAUUCACUUUUGGUUGGGUUCGGAAACAUCGACCGACGAGGCUGGUGCUGCUGCUAUUUAUGCUGUGCAGCUGGAUGACCAGCUUAAUGGCGCACCGGUGCAGCACCGUGAAGUUCAGGAUCACGAAUCACAGCUAUUUCUCAGUUACUUCAGAAACGGUGUGCGUUAUGAGCAAGGUGGCGUUGGAACCGGCUUCAAGCAUGUGGAGACUAAUGCAGUCGGCGAGAAGCGUCUCUUCCAGGUGAAGGGCAAGCGUAACGUGCGUGUUCGUCAAGUGAAUCUGUCCGUGUCGUCGAUGAACAAAGGUGAUUGCUUCAUUUUAGAUGCCGGCAAUGAGAUUCUCGUUUAUGUCGGACCACAAGCGAAGCGAGUGGAGAAAUUGAAAGCGAUCAGCGCAGCGAAUCAAAUUCGCGAUCAAGAUCAUAACGGACGUGCCAGGGUUGAAAUAACAGAUGAAUUCAGCUCGGAUUUGGACAAGCAGCACUUUUUUGAAGUUUUAGGCUCAGGCGCACCAAACCAAGUACCGGACGAGGCUGCUGAGCAAGAGGACGGUGCUUUUGAGACGGCCGAUGCGAACUCGGUGUCUUUAUAUAAAGUAUCAGAUGCACGUGGUGGGUUGAAAAUCGAUCCCAUUGCCACAAAGCCUUUGCGUCAAGAAAUGCUAGACACCAACGACUGUUUUAUUUUGGAUACUGGUUCCGGCAUUUACGUUUGGGUGGGCCGUCGCUCGACACCAAAAGAAAAAACGGAUGCCUUGAGCAAGGCACAAGAAUUUUUAAGCACCAAAAAAUACCCCGCUUGGACACAAGUUCAUCGCGUGGUCGAAGGCGCUGAAUCUGCGCCAUUCAAACAAUAUUUCGCCACUUGGCGCGAUGUAGGUAUGUCGCACACACGUUUGGUGCGCUCUGCCAUGGGUUAUGACUCAGACGACUCGGAAUUAAGCGAACUUACCGAUGUUGAAGAACUCAAAAAGAGCGGAGGUAGUGCUAUUGGCUUUAUGCCCGAUAACGGUGAAAAUGACAUUGUAGAAGCGGUACAAUAUGUUAGUAAUCGCGGACGUGGAGACACAUUACGAAAUGCUAUUUCACUGACACCGAAAAUGCCGUUGUUGGGAUUCGCCGCUUAUGUAAUUGUUUACAAGUAUAAUAACAAGAACGGCGAAUCAGGCACGAUUAUCUACGUGUGGGAAGGUGUUAAAGCUACAGAAGUUGUAAAGGAACGUGCGUUCGAGGAUGGCUUGGCCUUGGCGCUGGAGCUCGAUGGAAUAUUGGUGCGUACCACACAGAACAAUGAACCCCGCCAUUUUCUCAAAUUAUUCAAAGGAAAAUUGGUUACAUCUUACACUGCUGUACCGAUCCAUCCACAACUAUAUCGCAUACGCGGCACUGAUGCCAGCGAUGUGCAUGCUAGCGAAGUGGUAGCGGACUCAUCGUCACUAGCCUCAAAUGAUGUCUUUGCUUUGACUACAAUGAACCCGCAUAAGGUCUAUAUAUGGGUUGGCUUGGCCGCUAGCAAGUUCGAGAAGGAUAUGGCCAUCGAGCGUUUUUCAAAGUAUUGGUCUGAUGCUGUUGUCGAAGUGGUUGAGGAGGGCGCUGAACCCGAUAACUUUUGGGAGCUUUUGCACGGUGAGGGCAUCUACGAUCGCAGCAUGAAUGAGGCCACUAAGCCUCUCCUAGAGCCAAGGCUAUUCCACUGCCGUUUGAAUGGCGAACGCUUGCAGGUGGAGGAGAUUGCACACUUCGAACAAGCUGAUCUGGACACAAAUGACAUUAUGCUAUUGGAUGCCGGUGAUGAAGUCUAUAUGUGGGUCGGCACAGGCGCCACAGCCGAGGAAAACGGCAGAAUUCUCGAUUUGGCAAAGAAAUAUAUUAAGGAUGAGCCCACAGAACGCACAAUCGAUACUACCACUGUCAUACGCAUUGAGCAGAGCCACGAACCUCGCGCCUUCACUCGCAUGUUCCCGACCUGGGAAGCUAAUUACUGGCAGGCCACGCCUUCGUUUGAAGACCUUAGGAAGCAAAUUUUGGAAAGCAACGACAUCUUCGACUCCAAUGAGCUUUAACAGCGUUUCUAACCUCACAUAACGUCUCGAAUACCUUAUGAAUAAGCAAUGAACAAUUAACUUUACCCAAUAAAUACAUCGAAUUUAUUUUUAAAUUGAAUGA